AUGACGGCCAAUAUCAAGAUAUCUUGUUUUCUGCUAGUCACUUACGCCGGCGCGCUCUCUUUCGCUCUCGGACCCUAUGGGUCAAAUUCGACGGGCGUGCUGCCAACCGUCGACUUAGGAUAUGAAAUCCAUCAGGGUUCAGUCAAUAAAACUGGAAACUAUUACAUAUUCAACAACAUACCAUAUGCAGAGCAACCCAUCGGCGAGCUGCGCUUCCAGAAGCCGGUUCCUAUAAACGACAUAGGGCUUCAAGUAAACGAUACAAAACCUGUAAACAACGGGUACAAUAUCACCGUAGUGUGUCCGCAAGCCUACCCGGAAUGGGUCAUCAGCCUCACUGCGGAGCGCCGCGGAAUAGCAAAAGAAACGGCAGCUGUGACUCUUAAUGGACAAGCCGGUCAGACAGAAGCAUGUCUAGUCUUAGACGUGUACGUACCGGAUAAUGUUUUCAUAAAAGGAGUUGCCGCAGAAGCCCCGGUCCUAGUAUGGAUCCACGGAGGCGGCUUCACAUUCGGCUCUAAAUCCUUCUACGGCAACCCCUCCGGCCUCAUCUCCCAGUCGCGGGGCAACGGACAGGACGGCAUUAUCGUGGUCUCGAUUAACUACCGCCUGGGCAUGUACGGAUGGUUGGCCGGCAACGACGUCACGCCUAAUCUCGGGUUGUACGACCAGCGGGUCGCACUAGAAUGGGUGCAGAAAUACAUCGGCCUAUUUGGCGGGAGCAAGGACAAGGUAACCGUCAUGGGAGAAAGUGCGGGCGCUUCGAGCAUCGUCCACCAUAUCACGGCCUACGGUGGGAAUGUGUCCGCGCCAUUUCAGAGGGCGAUUCCGCAGUCGCCGGCUUUCCAGUUCAACAUCGAUUUAGCUGCGGGCUAUAAUAAGACGUUGACUGAAGCAUCGAAGCAGCUGGGGGUGACGGUAAAAGGGAUAGCUGGUCUGCGCAAUUUGCCUGCCGCAGCACUGAUGGCUAUUAACCAAGGAACGGUCAUGCCGGCUCCUAUUGGGACUUUUGGCUUCGGCAUCGGCCCCGAUGGCACGUAUGUACCGGACGUUGCGCAGAUUCUCCUCUACCAGGGAAAGUUCGACUCUAACGUUGAUAUCCUCACAAGCCACACAUCCAACGAAUCCGUCCCCUUCCUACCCCCCGAAAUCAGCACCUCCGCCGACGUCCUCGGAUACGUACGAGCCAGCCUCCCACAAGCCUCAGACUCUACCAUCGAAGCCCUACUCACAGACCCGGGUCUCUACCCCGACAUCCUAAACAAUAGCUUACUAUACCCCUGGACAACCGAAUACGGGCGCGUAGCGCGCAUAACCUCAGACAUCGGAUUCGCGUGCACGGCGCGGUACCUCGCGUCCGCCACACAGAACGCGGGCAAUGCACCCCCACCUGCACCCGCACCCGUAAACGCUAACACGCCUACUCCUAAUUCAAAUUUAAACCCAAAUCUAAACGCUAAAGCUAAUGUUAAUGCGGGUGUCAACAUUAACGCGAACACGAACGCAGCGAAAUACGCAUACACAUUCGCCUACCCGCCGGGCUGGCACGAGACGGACGUGCCGUACGUAUUCUUCGACGGGGACACCUCGACGUCGGAUAACGGGCUGCCGGUGAACGCGACGCUGGCGGCGCAGCUGCAGGAGUACAUAGUGGGGUUUGUGAAGUACGGGGAUCCGAAUGCGGGGGUAGGGCGCGGUGGUGGUGGUGGUGGUGGGUAUAACAGGCUGGUGCGGUUUCCGGUUUAUGGGGUUGAGGGGAGGGUGUUGGAGCUAGGAGCUGAGGGGUUUAGGGACGUGGUGGAUGAUUUGAAGGGGCGGCGGUGCGAAUGGAUUCAGAGGGCUAUGGUUGACGGAAGGUUAUAA